UUGUUUUGCGCUGAAAUGAAUCAAAUGCGGCACCAGGCCCUCGCGGUCUCUUUACCACGCACAGCCUUCUGGGAUGGAAGCCGCCAUGUUGAUGUGUCAUGUGACGAGAGUAAGGAAAGUAAAAAGACUCUGCGAAGGGUUGUGUUACUGCCCGCUGAAUUUGCGAAAAUGUUGGCGUUUUUUCGUAGUAUACUUGACUGGAUAAAGAGUCUCUUCUGGAAGGAGGAGAUGGAGCUUACAUUGGUAGGCUUACAGUACUCUGGGAAGACGACCUUUGUCAAUGUUAUAGCGUCUGGUCAGUUUAGUGAAGACAUGAUACCAACAGUUGGAUUUAACAUGAGAAAAGUUACCAAGGGUAAUGUUACGAUUAAGGUUUGGGAUAUUGGAGGCCAGCCUCGAUUUAGAAGCAUGUGGGAAAGAUACUGUAGAGGUGUGAACUGCAUUGUAUACAUGGUGGAUGCUGCAGAUCAUGAAAAACUAGAAGCAUCAAGAAAUGAACUUCAUGGACUCUUAGAGAAACCCCAAUUAGCAGGGAUUCCAGUCUUAGUUUUGGGAAACAAAAAAGACCUUCCAAAUUCACUAGAUGAAAAAGAACUUGUGGAAAGAUUGAAUUUGGCUUCCAUUCAAGAUCGCGAAAUCUGUUGCUAUUCUGUUUCUUGUAAAGAAAAAGAGAAUAUUGACAUCACCCUGCAAUGGCUAAUCCAACAUUCAAAGUCACGUGGUUGACAUAACUGCAGUAUCAACUUAUUUACUAAGAAGACUUACCCUUGGUGCAUGUUGAAGAACGAACAGAGAGACCGGGAGGUCCAUUCAUGAUGAGAUUUAUAGAACUUAAGAAACUCCAAGAUCCUUUUCUAUCCAUAGAUGAUAUUGAGUGCUGAAAGCCACUUUUUUAAAUCGUUAAUGUAUGAAGCAAUUGAUUAGAGAAUAUUUCAGCUAUUUUCUGCCUACAUUUACUGAGUGAGACACAAGAAAAAUUGAGUGACAUUUGUCUUGUUAGAUAGUUCAGUCGGUGGAACAAGUCCAGUUUUUGGCAAAUCUUCAUUAAGUUUUAACCUCUCAUAAAGUUUCCGAUGUUCAGUAUCCUGUUUUCCAUCAUGGGGCAAUCGGUUGCUUAGCAACUUCGUAACAAAAGCUGCAGGCUUGUCAACCACAAUUUGCCAUUAGCUGGUACUUGAUCCUCUGACUGAGUUUUUGUAUGCCCUAAAAUAGUUUCGUUGAGGUUGUGUGGAAAGAAAUUUCCCUGUCAAAGAUGUUGGGGAUAUAAAGAAGAAUACUAUUUUGUUCCUUUUCCAGUAAAUCUGUUACAACUUCAGUCCAAAGAGUGAUUUGACAUGUAAUUUAUCUUAUGAGAGUGCAGUCUGGAGGUACCACCAGAUUGUUUUAUAGAGAGAAGUAUUACUUGUUCCUCUGGGCAAAAGGAAUGAAAUGUUGAACACAGUCACAAACAUUGGAGUAUUUAGGACGUGCUGUGCACUCAAGCCAGUUCAUAAUUAAGUUAAAGUGUUUUUCUUACACCAGGCAGAAUUUGAAGCAGAAAUGUAUAACCUUUCGCAGAUAAGGAAACAGGAUUGAUUGAAAAGCAGCAACCUUGACCAAUUCAUUAAUACAAACAAAAUGACCUUUAUUCGAAAACUCCUCACAGAAAAGUAACAACUGUCAGCUGUAUGACACAGUGUAUGAGUACAGUAGACGCAGAUACACAUUAUGUACCUAUUCUUAUAGGAUAAUAGGAUGACCCGAAGUGUGCAAAUUCUCUUUUACAUGAAGGAGCCCGACUUCCAAUCAGGGAAAAUGGACAAGCAAGACUUUUUGUAAUUCAAAACGUGAAUAACACAGGUCGGAAUGUUUUACACAGCAAAGGUUUAGAUACACUUUGCAACAGUGACUUUUGUUUUCAGCUCAAGUGAAAGCCUAUCUGUGACUUUGAGAUUCUUGCUUACGGAGGGUCAUCACAUAGAUUCGAUUCCUUGUCAUAAUAAAAUAUGGCCUUCGACGUUUAAAUUCUUUUGGCGCAUCUUGCGUCACACACUCCUGACCUCGCCAACAAACUGGAGUGCGCGACAAGCCCAAAGAAUGUCUACGCAGGAGGCCAAGGAACAUACAGUUUAAAUGAACUCCCUAAUUAAACUGGAGUUACAGGUAGUUAAUAAAUUAUACGGAAGGUCAGGGGUCCUGGAGUAGUACUGAAGUAUUCAAAAGCCGUAGAGCAUUAAAUUCCUAUUGUUUUAAGAAUAAAUGGUAAUUUGGAAUAAA